AGCUGCUAUCUAGCAACAGAAUAAAAUUGAAUUAGAAUGAUUGUCAACGGAGAGCUAGCGGCAUUUUAGUAGCGAACAUUAUAACUAUAUCAAACAUUAGAAAGAGAAUUUUAUUUUUGUUGCUGGUAGCCUUGACAUCCCCAAAGGAACAAGAGGAUCAAUAAGCAAUAAUUACAUAACCUGAAAAAAGUUAAUUAGUAUUUCAAAGGUUGAAGGGAAGUUUUUAAUUUGAAAUGUUAGUAUGCUGGUAUUGCACAAAUUUUCUUGAUAAUUCAAAAAAAUGAAAAUGAGGGAAAGAAAAUAAAAACGUUUACUUCCUAUGAAAACUUCAACCGCACAUGCGCAUUACGCUGUAUUAUUGCUAGUUGAUCCUCUUGUGAACUGUCAAGGUUGAUCAAUUGUAAGGUUAUGAAUUACAAUAUUAUGUUUAUCGUUAAUUUUCGUUAAGAAAAUAUAAUUGAUAAUGCUAAAGGAUUGUUGAACAAUAUCUGAGAAUAAUGGAUAUAAUAAUUACCAGCCUAGAAGCUCUUAUUCAACGGGCCACCAAUAAUCAAAACCAAUGCCCUGACACGGCAGCAAUAGACGCGUUUUGUGGACUCAUCAACCAGGAGCCCGAAUGUGCUCAGAGUGCUGCUAGAUUCAUAUCGGCUAAAGCGCAUUCUAUGCAGGAAUGGGAGGCGUUACAAGCGUUGAACGUGUUGGACACAUGCAUGAAAAAAUGCGGGAGCAACUUUCACGCGGAGGUUGGCAAGUUCCGGUUCCUGAACGAGCUGAUAAAGCUGGUGUCGCCGAAAUAUUUGGGCGCGCACACGCCCGAGCCUGUGCGUAGGAGAGUGCUCGAGCUGAUUCAGUCGUGGACCGUGCAGUAUCCCAAGGAACCCAAGAUCAAGGAGGCAUACGAAAUGCUCAAGAAACAGGGAGUGGUCAAGGAGGAAAGGAUAGGAACAAUAAAUAUAGAGAAGCCUCCUGAAGCGUGCGUUUCGCCCAGACCUCAGGCCGACUCAAUCUUUCAGGAUGAGGAGAAAUCUCGAUUGUUACAGAAACUUCUGCAGAGUAAGAAACCUGGUGACCUGCAAGCCGCUAAUAAACUCAUCAAAACUAUGGUCAAAGAGGACGAGAAAAGAGUUGAACAGAAAGUGCGGCGUCUAUCAGAGUUGGAAGCUGUUCACAACAAUGUGAGACUACUGAGUGAGAUGUUGGACUCGUAUCGUCCAGAGCAGAGUUCGCCACAAGAUCUGGAGUUGAUCACCGAAUUGCACACUAGUUGCAAGCGACUCAGGCCCACAGUCUUCAAGCUAGCCUCGGAAGUGCAUGCCGAGGAAGACCUGUUCGGCGAAGUGUUCGCUACGAACGACGAACUCGGGGAGGUUUUCGAGAAGUACAACCGGCUGAUAGUUCAGGGCGGUGCUAGCAGUGGCAGGGCGGGUGGAGGUGAAGGAGGGGCCAGUCUGCUGGACCUGGGCACCCCAAGUCAGGAGGCUCUCCCUCCCGCUCCUUCAACCCCCUCUGUCAACAUGAUCGAUGAUCAGCUUGCUGGACUAGGUUUGGAUAUUGGUGCACCAGCGGCAACGAAUGUGUCGGCACCAAGAAAGGAUCUGGCGUCACUUGGUGAUAUUUUUGGUGCUGCGCCCGAAACCCCACAACAGAACCCUUUGCAACCAAUGGCGACAGGGCUGCCCAUGUAUAAAGAAGCUGCUGGUGUUGGGAGUAGCCUAGUCAGUGAUCUGAUGGACGACAAAUCUAGUAAAAUGAAGGCCCUAGAAGAUCUCGAUAAACUUGGAGCUGAACUGCUACGAGAGAGUCUACCAAAUACUGUUAAACCAUCACAGCUCAUAAAGAACACGAGCAAAGUACCGAUGAACCAGCUGAAUCGCCUGAUCGAGUCUCCACUACAUCAAGCUCCGCCUCCAGUUACCGCCUCCAAGCAAGAGGCGGACUUUAAUCCACCUCCAGUCACCGCCUCCUCACUUCCGGUCACCGGCCCCUCACUUCCGGUCACCGCCUCCCCACUUCCGGUCACCGGCCCCUCACUUCCGGUCACCGCCUCACCACUUCUGGUCACCGCCUCCUCUCAAGACGCGGACGACAAGUGUCUCGACCUUCUGAUGGACGACUACGCGGACCAACCGCCCCUAGACUUCAACGGGGCCCUGGAGGCGGCUCUGCCUCCACUCACCAUUCAGACUACAGACUACAACGGUGCCCUGGAGGCGGCACUGCCUCCGCUCACCAUCCAGCCCAGGGAGCAACCGCCCCCGCAAGUCAAGGAAGAGUCUCAGAAAGUCAAGAAAGAGUCUCACACCCCGAUGCCGUUGGGUGACGUCUUUGUUCCUUUGGAGAAUGCUAAACCAGGCAAACAUGCGCCGCGCACCCUGCUGGACGACCCUAGCGGCAUUGUAGUUGUGCUGCACAUGUCCGCGAGCCGUCCGCGAACAGAUGUGACAGUGUUCGUGGUGACGGCGAGCAGUCGACACACGUCGGCCAUCACCAACUACCUGUUCCAACCGGUUGUGCCCAAGUCGUGUCGUCUCAAACUGCAGCCGCCCACUGCCACAACGUUGCCAGCUCAUAAUCCGUUUGUGUCGCCCGCUGUCAUAACUCAGGUUAUGCUGGUUGCUAGUCUUUCUUUCGAGCCGAUCAAGCUGAAGUACGUGGUAAGUUAUACAAUGGAUGGAGAAUCAAUGACAGAGAUGGGAGAACUCGAUCAAGUGCCCUUAUUAGAUUCGUGAGAAAUGCACCCGAUAAUUCUGUGCCAUUCUCUCAUAUAAAUCACUGCGAAUUCAAUAUGGAAAUGCUACUUUAAUUUGAAAUUCUAUCGAGAAUGCAUGAAUUAAAUGUUGAGAGUAGAUCUGAUUUCUAGUUAGAUCCACGUGGAGAAAGAUAGGAGAACAACGUUGCCGAUCCUCUGUCUUGUCAAUGCCUCCUAUAGACGGUAGCUGAUACAGGUUUAUUGAUCCAAUAUAAUUGUCCAUUCUCGUUUAAAAUAAUCA